GCACUCGUGACUACAGGCAUAUGCUGGACUUGUAAUGUUUUCCCUUUGUGGAUACUAGUUGUUAGUUACUUACUUUUUGCUCUGGAUUAUCAUCAAAAUACGUUCAUGCUAUGUUUUUCUCACUCUUAUCAUUGCUAUAUAUCGUAUAAAGGCCAUUCAAGUCAACCGUUACUACGUGUUUCGUCUCAAGUCUGGCCCUGGAGGUGUGUCUUUCUUCCUCACUGGUAUCUCUGUUCCUUGCCCAGUGGUAGUCUGGACACUAUACAAAGUCACCUGCUAUGUUCUGAGAAGGAUUUCCACCACAUGCUAGUUGUAUAAACUCUGAAACAACACUUUCAAUUGACUUGAAUUACCAGUUUCAUGGUGUGAAGUCUUGUGUGUUUCCACUAGAUAUUAUAGUUUUCACUGCUUUUCCUUUGUAUCACUAUACAAUG